CGCUAUUAAGCAUGCAGAUCUUCCACCCGAGGAAGCUGCUACCUGUCACACGGCUUUUGGGCAGACGAGGCGAUUGCAGUUGUAUCGUUCUACAGCGGCAUCAGUCUACUAUCCGCGCUUUGCAAGAUGCGUUUCGCGACCCUUCGUCGCCGUUCCAUCUCGCCCCGGGAACGCAGGGCCCCGAGUCGCCUGAUCCUCCUGCAGAGCAUCUGCAUACGGCGGCGGCAGCAGCAGAAGUCUCACCUGCCGAGCAUGCUCGCGCCACCCUCACCAAACUGGGAUACGACCCAACCAGUUUCUGGGAGCAGAAAGUAGCGUGGGGAGACCACGAUGCCUUCCAGCAUGUGAACAAUGUGCGCUACAUACGCUUCUUCGAAUCCUCUCGCAUUGAGUGGAUGGUAUCUCUCGGGGAAGAGAUAGGUGGAGCCUCUCGGGCUGAGGACAUGCUCGCCGGUCGCGGGGUCUCCUUGAUCCUCAAGUCCAUCUCCGUGGACUACAAGCGACCGGUGGUGUAUCCAGACACCCUGCUGGUCGCCCACAAGCCACACGCGGGGCCGCUGAGGUCGAGUUCUGACCUGCCGAGGACGCACUUCCACGUGAUGGGCGCGGUAUACUCGUAUGCGCAGGGGCGGAUCGUAACCGAGUGCGAUUCGGUGCUGGUGUGGUACGAUUAUAAUAAGCUGGCGAAGUGUGAUCCGGGGAAGGAGGCACAGCAGGCUUUGCAGCGACGCAUGAACCUUGCGCAUGAACCGACGGGCAUGUAG